AUGUCCGCAAUCAAGGACGCAUUGGCUUCGGCCGCAGAGGCCCUUCACAUCUCCAGCGACAAGAAGACGAUCGGCGGCGGUCCACCCGUCUACGUCGACGAAAAGGCUGGCAACGAUCAGACCGCAGAUGGUUCCAAGUCUUCGCCCUUCGCAACACCAUUAGCCGCUCUUCUCGCAAAGGGCCAAGACGCUUCCGUCUUCACCAAGAAGGCCGACGCUACUCCUGGUGAGGACGGCGUCGAUGCUGAUGGCUACGCUCCCAUCUCAGCUUCUGCUUCCAAGAAGGUCAGCAAGCUCUAUGCUACUGCGCUCAAGAAAAAGGAAAAGGCGAGCGAGCAGGCUGCCAAGGAUCAGGCAUCGGCUGCCAACGACGAGAAGAGGCUCGAAGAGAGCAAGAAGGUGAUUCUCGAAGAACCCUCUUCCUCGGCAAAGAAGAUCAAGAUCAACCAGGGAAGCAACUUCCGUGAUCAGCGCGUCAAGAUCAGCGGAUGGGUGCACCGUCUUCGUUCGCAGAAGGACCUCACUUUCAUCGUCCUCCGUGACGGUACCGGAUACCUUCAGGUCGUUCUCUCUGGCAAGCUCACCACCACCUACGACGCUCUUACCCUGACCACUGAGUCGACUGUCGAGAUCCAGGGUCAGCUCAAGGCGGUGCCCGAGGGCAAGACCGCUCCCGGCGGCCACGAGCUCGUUGCUGACUACUGGAAGUGCCUUGGCAAGGCUCCUGGUGGAGACGAGGCCUACACCAACGUCGUCGCCGAGACCGCCGAUCCCAACAGCUUGGCCGACCGUCGUCAUCUCGUCAUCCGUGGCGAGACCGCUUCCGCCGUGCUCAAGGUGCGCGCUGAAGUGCUCAAAGCUUUCCGUGCCGAGUUCGACAGCAUUGGAGUGACCGAAGUCACCCCGCCCUGCAUGGUACAGACUCAGGUCGAGGGCGGUUCCACCCUCUUCAGCUUCGACUACUACGGUCAGCCCGCCUACCUCACCCAAAGCUCGCAGCUCUACCUCGAGACCUGUCUCCCUUCGCUCGGCGACGUCUUCUGUGUCCAAGAGUCGUUCCGAGCCGAAAAGUCGCACACUCGUCGUCACCUGUCCGAGUACACGCAUCUUGAAGCCGAGCUUGCGUUUAUCUCGUUCGACGACCUGCUUGCGCAUCUGGAGCAGCUUAUUUGCGGUACGCUCUCGCGCGUCCUCGAGGACCCUCGCGCCAAGGCGUUGCUCGACCAGCUCAACCCCAACUUCCAGAUGCCCUCGCGCCCCUUCCGUCGCAUGGACUACAAGGAGGCCAUCCAGUGGCUCAACGACCACGACAUCCCCAACGAGGACGGUCAGCCGCACAAGAUCGGCGACGACAUCGCCGAGGCCGCCGAGCGCAAGAUGACCGACGACCUCAACGUGCCCAUCUUCCUCUGCGGUUUCCCGCGCGAGAUCAAGAGCUUCUACAUGAAGCGCACCGAGGGCGACGAGGGUUUCACGGAUUCGGUCGACGUUCUGAUGCCCGGUGUAGGCGAGAUCGUCGGUGGAUCCAUGAGGAUGGCCGACCAACACGAGUUGUUGGAGGCGUACAAGGCAGAAGGCAUCGACGCCGCCCCUUACUUCUGGUACACCGACCAGAGGAAGUACGGCACCUGCGAACACGGCGGUUACGGCUUGGGUGUCGAGAGGUUCCUGGCUUGGUUGACCAACAGGUGGACCGUCAGGGAGGCAAGUCUCUACCCGAGGUGGACUGGUAGAUGCACUCCUUGA